UUGUGUAACAGGUAUACGAUUGUGUGAAAUCCAUUAGUUUUGGAUGGAAAAAGCAAUUAGUUUGUAGCAAUGUUGUACCGUUAUAAAUAAAUUUAUAUAUUUUGGUGGAUCGUUCCGACUAUAAACAUUCACAUAAUUUCCGUAUUUUAAUCUAAGGGAAAUAACUCUAAACCGUUUGAGGAAAAGAUGAAAAUUUUGGAAUUGUGUAAAUUUCGAUGGGUACACAUAUAAUGACUGACAGGCCAUUUUCGAGCCCUUCGAAUGCCGCUAGUAGGGACAGACGGCGAGGAUAUGAAGAUGAGGAUACAGACGAAAGAGAUGCUGGUGAAAGCGUUAAAACCCAGAUAGAUCAGAUCCAGAAGUUUGCUGGUUUCAGUAUUGGACUGUCAAGUAUAUUUGCAGAGCAGGUCCUGGCACAUCCAUGUAUUGUGUUGAGAAGACAGUGUCAGGUGCACCACAAUGGAGAGUGGUACCAUGUGACCCCGUUCACGCUCUUCCAGGUUCUCAUCAACCUCCAGAGACAUCAGGGCAUGACAACAAUGUGGAAGGGGAUUGGGAGUGUGUUUGUGGUGCGAGGAAUCUUCAUGGUCAGCGAGACGGUCAUCAGUGAACUCACUCCUUUCCCAAAGGAAAUUUCUCGACACAGUUCCUUGAAGAAAUAUGGUGAACAUCUCCUUCUAAAAGCCCUGUCCACUGUGGUGACCACACCCUUCUUUGCUGCCAGCCUCAUAGAGACAAUUCAGAGUGACAUAGCCAGCGAGAAGCCGGGGAUCCUGGACUCUGUGAAGGAAGGUCUGACAAGGGUGUUUGGGUGGGGCAUGCCCCAGACUACACGCCUGCUGCCGGUGUGGCGCCUCAUCUUGCCCACAGUUGCCUACCAGUUGUCCCACUACGUCAUCACGUCUUUAGCGCAGUUCACCGUGACAUCCACCAUUCGGUCAGAGCAGCAGGAGCUCCGGGACCACAGUGUUGAUGUUGGGGACACAGGGAGAUCAGUUUAUGAGAUCUACUUCCCCGACCUCCUGGCAACAUUCACAGGCAGCCUGUUGGCUGACCUGAUGCUCUACCCACUGGAGACGGUGUUGCAUCGCAUGUACGUACAGGGAACACGCACCAUCAUUGACAACACAGACAUCGGCAUUGGUGUACUACCAAUCAGCACGGGAUAUGAGGGCUUUGUAGACUGUUUCAAGUGCAUAUUAUUAGAAGAAGGACCUUUUGGAUUUUACAAAGGUUUUGGUGCACUUGUUCUGCAAUAUGCUCUCCAUGCUGCCAUUUUGAAAAUGGCUAAGUAUUUAUUUGAAAAACUGUCCCAUGAGCUCUCUCCAAGAAGACGCCACCAGACACCUCAAAGAAUGUCCUCCUAUGAAGCGCCAUAUACUCUAUAUGGCCAGAGACGCUACACUCGGGCUACCUCCAAGUACCAGCCUUAGUUGCCUCUGUCACAGUAUCAUCUCACCCAUGGACCUGAAUGGAAAAAGCUGUCAACAGAUGUCAAAGUCAAAAGAUUUCCUGUUAGAAGAUGUGACAUCGUUCCUCAGGGAGAAAGUUCAAAUCAAGUCAUGGUCAGGAUAUGGAACUGAAAAUGAAAUUGUAACUUUAGAUUGAUUUUUAUGACCCUGCUGUUGUUAUGAGUAAAAUGAGGAAUACAUGUUUGUGCACUGAACUGAAUGUGCUAUGAAGGAAGUUGUACCUAUCAAAAGGGAGUUGACUGUGACCUCUCCGACCAACUGUGCACAUCUAGGUAGAAGGACUAUUCACAAGGUACCCAGCUCUCAUUAUUAGUCUGGUUGGAUCUUGGGUUCCUCCCUACUGACCCAUUCUUGGACAACCAGAUACCUGGCAUAACCUGCCUCAUCCCUGACGUAAGCUGUCACAUUGCGUAACCUAGGCUCUGCCUGGAGGGUCAUGCUGCAGUAAACAAACAUAGUCUGCACUCCAGGUAUAUAUAGGUAUGAGCUAGGUAUGAGCCGAGGAUUUGUUUUCUGUGAUACUGAUUCUUGUGGUAUAUGUCUGCUCAGUGUUCUUGCUUCCUGAUGAUACUGAAUAUUGGACUGAACACACACUUGCAGGACUGAUCACACUUGUACUUGCAGGACUAAACACACACUUGCAGGACUAAACACACUUGUACUUGCAGGACUAAACACACUUGUACUUGCAGGACUAAACACACUUGCAGGACUGAACACACACUUGCAGGACUGAACACACUUGCAGGACUGAACACACACUUGCAGGACUGAACACACUUGCAGGACUGAACACACUUGUACUUGCAGGACUGAACACACUUGCAGGACUAAACACACUUGUACUUGCAGGACUAAACACACUUGCAGGGCUGAACACACACUUGCAGGACUGAACACACACUUGCAGGACUGAACACACACUUGCAGGACUGAACACACUUGCAGGACUGAACACACUUGUACUUGCAGGACUGAACACACUUGCAGGACUAAACACACUUGUACUUGCAGGACUAAACACACUUGCAGGACUGAACACACACUUGCAGGACUGAACACACACUUGCAGGACUGAACACACACUUGCAGGACUGAACACACACUUGCAGGACUGAACACACUUGCAGGACUAAACACACACUUGCAGGACUGAACACACUUGCAGGACUAAACACACACUUGCAGGACUGAACACACUUGCAGGACUGAACACACACUUGCAGGACUGAACACACUUGUACUUGCAGGACUAAACACACUUGCAGGACUGAACACACUUGCAGGACUGAACACACACUUGCAGGACUAAACACACUUGCAGGACUGAACACACACUUGCAGGACUGAACACACACUUGCAGGACUGAACACACACUUGCAGGACUGAACACACACUUGCAGGACUGAACACACUUGCAGGACUGAACACACUUGCAGGACUAAACACACACUUGCAGGACUGAACACACUUGUACUUGCAGGACUAAACACACUUGCAGGACUAAACACACUUGCAGGACUGAACACACACUUGUGCAGGACUGAACGUCCCUUGCAGGACUGGAGACCUUCCAUCAGAACUUAACUGCAGGUUAGAUGGAAAUCCACCUACAAUUUGCAAUGAAGUAUUCUGUGGUGAGCUGUAUAAGUGAGCAAGAAGUAACUGUACCACCACAGACAUUGUUCAUGUUGUCCACCUGGCAGUAUGCAGGUGUAACUAUGUAUGAUUGUUGAGUAUACAGCCUGUAUAUAAUGAUCUGAGAAGUAAUAUAUUAUUACCUUGUACAUAAAUCUGAUUAUGUUCCUGUAAUGUCUUAAUGUUUCCUAAAGAUUAAACCUGGAUCAAUAAUCAAUACCUAGAGUACCCAUUUGCGGCCAUAAUUCACAAAUGGUUUCAGGAUAGACUGGACAUAUGAAAUAGUGUUGUAAUAGAAUGGAGAUACAGUACCCUGGAUAAUGGAGGAUGUGGCCAGAAGGCGCACAGUGCACAGUAGAGUGUGCAUGUGUAGGCGUCAUGCUUACCAAGCUCCCGGUAAUGUCAGAUUCCCCAAAUAUAUAAACACCAUAUAGUCAGGGCACAGGUUUUGCAAUCUGUGACAAUAUGGCAAUGUUUUGGUGAUCUGUGAUUUGCUUCAAUCUCAUUACAAUCAGAUCGGAGUUAUCGCUACUGCUAAAUAAAGAUCUGAGGACAUCCCAUUACGGGUCACGUCAGAACGACCUUUCGUGAAGUUUGACCGACCGCUGAAAUGACUAAAAAGAAGUUGACAUCAGCCAAUUAGAAAGCAGCUUUCUCGAGCUUUACGGCACUCGUUUCAACCUGGCGACUUCCAUUUCAGACUAUGCUUGAAAAUAUAUGUUGACACAGUUCUCGAUUAAAAUUUUGAAAACUGAACAAACGAACAUUCCGGAAUGUCUAAUAUAUGGUUGAGAUUGUAUGGCAGUGCUUCUCACGUACUGUGCAAUGCCUCCUUCGUUCAAACGUUUAUCCCAUGGAAGCGAGAGAUAGACAAUAAUUUUGAUGGAAUCAUUCGUACUGGCCGUAGCUGUCGUUAGGAAUACCCUGUGUUAACGUUUUCAAGGUUGCAUGAUUAGAAAACACAUUCCGACCAUCACUUUCAUGAUCUGAUAAGCGACGCUUUGAUUGGUCGGAUGUAAGGUCGUUCUGACGUGACCCAUAAUGGGAUGUCCUCAGAUCUUUGUUGAGCGAUAGCGAGAACUAAGAUCUGAUUUUAAUGAGAUGUGGCUAUUUGUGCAAUAUGGCUAUACCGAGAUCUGUAGAUCAGCUUGCUUACAUACAGAGAUCCGUAGAUCAGCUUGCUUACAUACCCGAUAUCCGUAGAUCAGCCUGCUGAGAUACCAAGAUCUGUAGAUCAGCUUGCUAACAUACUGAGAUCCGUAGAUCAGUGUGCUUACAUACCGAGAUCUAUAGAUCAGCUUGCUUUCAUACCGUGAUCUGUAGAUCAGCUAGCUUACAAAACCGAGAUCAGUGGAUCAGCCUGCUGAGAUAGGAAGAUCUGUAGAUCAGCUUGCUUAUAUACCGAGAUUUGUUGUUGGCUUGUUAGGAUGUGGUAAUCUUUAUUUAUGCUGUGAUAGAACAUGACAGCGCCAGAUCUGGUCACGAUGUCAACUGAUGUAAAGCCUUUGAGAUGUCACCAGGUUACAAAUGUAGCCAUUUUGACAAAUCAAAACUAUGUUGAUUUACUUUGUUCUUCUACCAAACAUGCUUGACAGUUGUCUUGGUUCAAAUGAAUUUUGUCCUGGUUGUUUCUCAGAAGAAGUGUGUUCUAUGCUGUGUUGUCCAGAAUGAGUUUGUUUCUUGAUAUUUGUGUGGCUCACACAAUAAUUGAGGUGAGAUACACUGAAAUGUAAGUCACAUCAUUUGCAUGAAAUGGAACGUCUUUUACCAUCCGAGUAUAAUCGUUGUUGUUUUAAUCAAAAAGGUCUGUGAAAGCAACGCUAUUCCUGGUCCUAAAGUACCACGUUUGCAAGGACAACAUGAAUAGUCCAACAUGAAUAGUCCAAUAGUUUAUGGGCAAUGAAAUUCUUUCCUGGAGUUGGCAGGAUAAGGGAUGAACUGAAGUCAAACCAAGAUGAAGUGUUGUCAUGAAAACAAUGAUGCAUGAAAUCAAAAUCUUUGUUGACAUUCAUAUAACUUAUGUGAGAAUUUUUUUGUCAAAGUAUCAGAUUUUUUUAAUAAAGAUUUGGCUGACACCCAUGCCAGCUUUACAUCUAGCUUCCUAUGUAGGUUGACAGACAUACAUAAGCUUAAGGUUAGGGACCAACCAUUUGUUCUAUUGAGGUGGAGUAAGGGGUGGUUUGGUGGCAGAGAUGGGAUAUUUAUUUAAUUUACUGACAAGGUGGGAUUUGAAUAAUUUAUUUUUACACUGACUAGCAGAUAUAUUCUUUCUUCUACAUAUUUGAAAGUUUAUUGUCCUAACUUGGAGCAAAGUUUUUCAGUUCAGUAGACCAGCCUUUAACCGUCCAUCUUGUAAAGAUAAAUGGUUGUUCCCAUGUGUUGGUGGAUAUGUAAAUGUUGUUAUGGUAGAGAGGAGCAGAAGAGAAGAAUAAAGGAAUAAUUCA